UUGACAUUAAUGCGCUCUGAUUCAAACCAUACAAAGUAUACAUUUUAUCACUAUGUGAUUUUCUUGGGAAUCAAACCUCACAACCAGUUGAACUUCAGGGAUAUUUGACGCUGAGGUUGAUGCAGUUGUAUGCAGUCAGGGCUGAAGGUGAAGGGCUGGUGGGUGGCAUAAAGACACUGCUGUAGACGACUCAUGCAGUACUGACGCUUGCUAUUAUCCACUGGAUUCUCUUCAGCACUUGGACAGCUCCGCUUACAAUCAUUCACCAUUUCAGCAAUAAGUGCGACUAAAGCUUCAUUGCAGCUUCUUAAAAUAGCACCAGCAUCCCAAAGCCUCAAGCUAUCAAACUUUUCCCCAGGAGAUCAUCGUUACCAGACUGAUGAGUGAAUUACCGGUGACUGCGGCAAACUGUAACAGGAGUGCAUGGUGCUGUCAAGAUCACGCAGAGAUGGAGACGACGAAGCUCCGCGUUUUGGACAAGACUUUCCGUGGAUUUACCUGUUUAUCACUUCAGUACUUAUCCUGAUGAUCUCACACCGGACUAUUGAACACGCUACAUUUUAUCCUGUGGUGCAGCAACAUGUCUAGUAAUAUGUAAAUUAGUUUACAUUGAAGAAAGACUUGUGUUCGUGGAUUAAUGUGUACAAAUAGUAAACAUGCCAGCACACAGGAUGCCAGGAAAUAUAUCUUUCCUAUCCAUAAGCCCCACACGCAUUUGGGAAAACACCUCUAACGUCUCCCGCCCUCCAGACUGGGAAGCACCGACAUUCACCGUGGCCGCUCGCUUCCGAGUGGCGGCCACCAUGGUGCUCUUUGUCUUUGCAGCCAUCAGCAACCUCUCAGUACUAAUCAGCGUUACCAGGGGACGAGGACGCCGCCUGGCCUCGCACCUGCGGCCUCUCAUUGCCAGCCUUGCUUCCGCUGACCUGGUCAUGACCUUUGUGGUCAUGCCACUCGAUGCUAUUUGGAAUAUCACGGUGCAGUGGUACGCUGGUGAUAUCAUGUGCAAGCUCCUGUGCUUUCUGAAGCUCUUUGCCAUGCAUUCCUCUGCGUUUAUCCUGGUGGUGGUGAGUCUGGACAGGCAUCAUGCCAUUCUGCACCCGCUGGAGGCUCUAGAUGCUGGUCGCAGGAACAGGAGAAUGCUGCUGGCUGCCUGGAUCCUCAGCGUACUGUUCGCUUCUCCGCAGUUAUUCAUCUUCAGAGCAAUUAAAGCUGAAGGAGUCGACUUUGUGCAGUGUGUAACACAUGGAAGCUUUCAGGAGCGCUGGCAGGAAACAGUCUACAACAUGUUCCACUUUGUCACCCUGUAUGUGUUUCCCUUGCUUGUUAUGAGCUUCUGCUAUACUCGAAUACUUGUGGAAAUCAACCGCCAGAUGCCACGUAAAGGAAAGGGUGGGGAACCAUGUCUGAGAUGCAGCGGAACUGAUAUUAUCCCGAAGGCUCGUAUGAAGACCCUGAAGAUGACCAUCAUUAUCGUGGCCUCUUUUGUGGUGUGCUGGACACCGUACUACCUGCUCGGCAUCUGGUACUGGUUCCAGCCUCGCAUGCUGAAGGUGAUGCCGGAAUACAUCCAUCAUGCCCUCUUUGUCUUCGGCAACCUCAACACGUGCUGUGACCCGGUCAUCUACGGUUUCUUCACACCCUCAUUUCGAGCAGAUAUAGCCAGUUGUUUGUGCCGAAGGAAUCCGAACACUUCUCCUACAACACUGGAUAGACUCUCUGCAAGAAGAGGUGGGGCCAGUGGAGAGGCCGAGUCGGACCUUGGAAGUGCGGACCAGCCCAGUGGACAACAAGCAUAAAGGCUAAGAAUCCUCAAUGAGUCAAGCCACCAUUUCAUACGCAGAUUUGAUUUUUGUGCCUGACUUGAAUUCUCUGAACUUAAAAGAUACAUGAUGAGACUUUUAAUCUGUGUUUAGACCUCUAUACAUGAUUAUGAUGUCACGGUAUUUACAGUAGAAACUGUGCAAGUAUGACAUUUGUUCAAUUGAUGCUUGAAUCCAGUUAAAAUCAAACUCAGAUAUAUUGAACACUGAACAACACAAAGUCUCAGUCUGAGCAGCAUAUAUAAACUGUAUCAGUCUGACAUUGUAGACCUAAGCCUGGAUUUCUUUUAGAGAAAUGUAAGAACAAAUAGCUGCAUGUUACUGUUCAAAAGUUUAGAGUCACUUGACAAAAAUGUUUUUUUAUGACAUUGAAUCUAAAGCUUUUGUCUGGAUAUGAUUGGCAUGUGUAUAACUUGUACUGAACAUGUGUACACUGUAAAAAAGCUGCACUGUUUUUGACUAGUAUAUAGUUGACAUAACUUAACAAGUUGAAUGUUGAUAUAACUUUUUUACAGUGUACUGAAUCUAAAUCUAAAUUUAAUCUACGUUCACACUGCCAUCAAAAUCCAAUUUUCUGCUCAUAUGUGACCCAUGUCUGUCCCUUUGCAUGACAGUGUGAACAGCACAAACCACAUUCUGAUUUGAGACACUUCCAUACUGUAUGUUUUUUAAAUCAGAUACAGGUCAGAUGUUUUGUAAUGCGACAUCAGUCUGAACAGUCAUAUCGGAAUUCAUGUGACUUUUAUGUCAUUCUGAAUUGAUAUACGUCACAA